AUGUUUCAGUUUCCCGGUUACUUAAGAUGUUUGCCUUUUAGCAGGAUUACUCUAUCUGGGAAUAACCUUUCACGCUAUCUACCAUCAACCAUUGGCCAUAGGCUUCCCAACUUGGAGAUUCUUGCCAUAUGGUCAAAUGAACUUACUGGAACAAUCCCCAUCUCCAUCACCAAUGCUUCCAAGCUCGUUAAGCUAGAUCUGUCCAACAACUCAUUUUCUGGGCUUGUUCCAAAUACAUUUUGCAACUUGAAAUUCCUCGAAUGGCUUAGUCUUGAGUUCAAUAACUUCACAACUGAAUCAUCUACUGCAGAAUGGAGCUUUCUGUCUUCUUUGACAAAUUGCAGGAAACUAAAGACCGUAGUCUUUGAUAAUAAUCCACUGUAUAGCGUCAUACCACAUUCAAUCGGCAAUUUAUCUGAAACUCUUGAGAAUUUUUCUGCAAGAAAUUGCAAGAUCAAGGGCACCAUUCCUACUGAGGUCGGUAACUUGCAUAGCUUGAUUUAUUUAGAUGUUUCGCAAAAUGACUUGAACGGAUUUAUUCCAACAACGACGGGAAAUUUGCGGAAUCUCCAAGGUCUGUGGCUAAAUAAAAAUAAUUUUUCGGGAUUCAUUCCUUACGAGCUUUGCAAAUUACACAUGAUAGAUAAACUGCGGUUAAAUGAUAAUAUGCUCUCUGGACCAAUUCCAACAUGCAUGGCAAAUUUGAUUUCUCUGAGAGAUCUGCAGUUAGGCUCCAACAAAUUUAACUCUAGCAUACCGUCAUCCUUAUGGACUCUUCAGUAUAUCUUACAGGUAAACUUGUCAUUGAAUUCAUUGAGUGGUUUUUUAUCUCCAACUAUACAGAGUUUGAAGGUCUUGAGAGAUCUAGAUUUGUCAAAAAAUCUCUUGUCAGGAAACAUUCCCGCCACCCUUGGGGGUCUUCAAUCUCUUGAAGCUCUAUUUUUGGCAGACAAUAAAUUUGAAGGUGCCAUCCUUGAUGCAUUUGAAGUGUUAAUAAGUUUGGUAUCCUUGGAUCUCUCUAACAAUAAUCUUUCAGGUGAAAUUCCCAAAUCAUUGAAAGCUGUUACCUAUCUCAAGAACUUCAAUGUCUCUGUAAAUCAUUUACAAGGGGAAAUUCCUAACAAAGGUCCUUUCAAACACUCUUCUGCUCAAUCUUUCUUGUUAAAUCACGCAUUGUGCGUUUUAAUGACAGUGAUUGUAACCCUUGUCUUCAUAAAGUAUUAUUAUAAUAGAAAACAUUCUCCAGUUGAUCGAGUCGAUUCGUUACCUUUAGCAACAUGGAGAAGAACAUCAUAUCUAGCAAUCCAACAAGCCACUGAUGAUUUUAGUGAGUGGAACUUGCUUGGUAUUGGUGGCUUUGGUUCAGUAUUCAAAGGGACACUUUCAGAUGGAACUAUAGUUGCAAUAAAGGUUUUUAAUUUACAAGUAGAGAGAGUACUUAGAAGCUUUGAUUCUGAAUGUGAAGUACUACAGAACAUUUGUCAUCGAAAUCUCAUAAAAGUCUUGAGCAGUUGCUAUAACAUUGAUUUUAAGGCCUUGAUACUCGAAUUCAUGCCCAAUGGUAGUCUUGAGCAGUGGUUGUAUUCACACAACUAUUUUCUGGAUAUUCUACAAAGGUUGAAUAUAAUGAUAGAUGUUGCUUUGGCUCUUGAAUAUCUCCACCAUGAUUAUUCAAGACCAAUCAUCCAUUGUGAUUUGAAGCCUCAAAGUAUCUUGUUGGAUGAAGAUAUGGUUGCCCAUGUGAGUGAUUUUGGCAUUUCCAAGCUCUUAGAUGAAGGAGAUUCUAAAACACAAACCCUUACACUAGCGACUAUAGGAUAUAUGGCACCAGAUGAGAAUGGUUUUGGUGCCAAAGUGAAUUGCAUGUUAAGCAUCAUGAAUUUACCUUUGAAUUGUUCCAUGGAAUCACCUGAACAGAGGAUCAAUAUGAAAGAUGCCUUGGCAAAACUCAGGAAGAUCAGAUUGCAGUUUCAGCAAGAUGUAGGAGGUCCUUAAAUAAAUGGUGUUGUGAUGUAUGUUACUUAUGCUCUUAAUUUGUUGUUUAUGAUCUUUCUAGUUGAUGAUUAUCUAUCUAGUUAAACUUU